CGACUACUCGUGUUGUCGCCCAGUUCGGUGCUCAAUGAAGAAUGGCCCGAUCGAUUGCUCUGUCAUUGUGUCGCGUCGCUAUUGGCCAAUCCCGCUCCACUGCUCACCAAAAAGAAAAGUGACAAGACACGGUCCACGGCCGAUUCGGAAGGCAGUAGCACGACGAGCAGUAGUGAAGAGGAUAGUAGUAGUAGUGAGGACAGUAGUAGCGGCGAAGAGGACCUGGAUUCCGACAGUGAGGACUCGAUAGAGGGAGCAUUGCAACAUCAUGCCUGGUUGGCCAAGCAUGUCCAAGAAGUCAUUGCGACAUGGUCGCUGGCAGUCUUUGUACGACAAACCGAUCAUCGAUUGCAACGACACGUGACCAACUUUUUGUUGAGUGGCAUGUGCUUUUUGCAACUCCAACAAGAUGAUACCAACAACAAUUCCACCAGCCACCACAAUAAUAAUCAUAAAAACGCGCCGCACAUGUCCGAAUUGGUGGCUGGACUCCUCGAAGGUGUCACGGUACGGUUGGAAUCAUCCAUACCAGCCAUUCGCAAAGAUGGAAUGAUGAUUGCCGAACGAUUGGCACAAAAAAUGGGACAGGAAUUGCAAUUUGAUGAACUUGAUCAGGAACGAUCGUUGAUGGACGAUGAUGAAGUGACAUUUUUGCAGUCGGUCAUGACGGCCUCGGAAUUCCCGUCUCACUAUUGCACCACUGCUGUGGGUCGGAAAAAGCAAAAGCAAAAGGCAUCACAACUGUUGCAGCAGGAAUGGAAAAAAGCUGCGCAGCACGAGAAGAGACGUGAACAACCUCAAUCUCAACAUCAGCAACGAAAGUCCAAAGAAGAGCGCCAAAAAGAGAGAAAAGGAAGAGCGCCGGAAACGACGAAAGGCAAAACGGGAGGGGAAAAGUGA